AUGCUUGAAAACAGUUUAUUUGUAGUUUUCUUGUUUUUCUCGUGUGUAUUAUCAUUGGUAUGGUGUGAUGCCGGCAGUGCAAUUUUGUAUAUGAAGGAAUGUAGCACAACAACGGAUCCUGGAUGGUUUUGUGCUUACGGAGUAACCCAUCAAUUUUAUUUCACAAAAGAUUAUUACAAAUCCGAAUAUAAAAUAUUUGUUGAAAGUAUCGACGACGACGUUCCUACCAAAGAAUUUUUCUUUAACGAAAAUGGAAUUAAUUUAAAAUCACUGAGCGUUUGUCUUGCAAAACCGGCAAGUAAAGUGAUAAUUUACGACGGCUAUCGCCCAGAACCUUUUUUCAUUAGUUUCAAUUGCUCAUCAAGAACUUCUGUCACUGAUGGAUAUCAACCACAGAUUGAAGUGCGAUAUCACUCCCUUCAUUUACACUCAAAAAUAGACCAAAGAUUUGUCAUAUUGUCAUAUCGGAAUAUUGGAGAAACUGUACCUAAUUUGAGCAUCAAUGGUGUUGUACCACAAAGCGUCAAUUUUCAAUUUGAAAAUGCACUUUCUCUUGGUACAGCACUUUCAAAAACUCGAUUUUUAUUUACUGGAAAAUCGGAUGAAUCGUUAAUCACGUUUAAUAGUACAAAAACGACGGGUUUGAUAGCGAAAAGUGUAUGUACGCGAAACGGGUUAAGUCGGUUCUUGAUUUUUCAAACGCCAGAAAUCACCAAUAAUGUUGGUACAUCAAUGUGUAAAUGUGUUACUUCAAGUGAAUAUAUCACUGGAAGUAACACAUUUAAUUUUCCCGACUGUAUGUACAAUGGCACUUUAUUUGACUUGGAUUUAACUACUUUAAUGCCCAAGUCAGAGGAAAGUAUUUUAAUUCGGAUUUACGUCAAAGAAUGGUAUUCAAUGAUAUUUAAAUUGAACCAGAAGUACAGGGUGUUUGGAAUUGAUAGUAAUACUUUAAGUAUGUCAUUACAAUUAUUAGAUCUCCAAAAUACAAAAGUAGAGUUUGAUAUAUUUGUAAAUGUUUAUGGUUUUCGAGUAAUGUCAUCUGGAGAAUUUUAUUUUAAAAGGGGCGUGCAAAUUGUGACUUCUACACUUUCCCAAGGCUAUGAAAAUAAUAUUGUGUUUACAGUCGAAAACACGUUUUUAUAUUCCGGCAUGUUAUUAAAAAAAUGUGGAAAAAGAGUUGUUUAUAAUAAUGGACCAGAAUAUUUGUGCCAUUGUAAUUUCACAAAUUCUCAAUGGGAAGAUUAUGGAAAUGACACUAAAUAUAAAAAUGACUGUUAUGAUCCAUCAUUGAAAAAAGGAUUAAUACUUCAAAUCGACUCUCCUACUUAUAGUAUAUCGUCAUAUGAAGAGUGGAGUAAAUUGAAGGUACUAUCAAGUUUAACAACACUAACUGGAAAUGCAACAAUUACAAUAAAUGAAAUUACUGUGUUUGGUAAUGUUAUUAUUGAAAAUACUAUUGAAAUUGGUAGUACAAUAACUUUUAAAAAAGGAGGAAGUAUUAUUGUUAAAAGUGGAGCUAUUCUUCGACUUGGUAAAUCCACAAAAUUUGUGUUUAAGAAUUAUUCAAGUAACAUCAAUAUGAAUGGAAGCAUUGUCGUUGAAAAAGGUGGUAAAGUAGAAUUUAUGGACCCACUGAACACUUUUAUGUUUGAUUAUUUGAACGAUACAAAAACUCCAAUUGAACUUUUUUCAUUUGAAGAAACUCAAAAUGCGACUUCUUUUGCUAAAUAUAAUAGUCUUAUUGAUGGCAAAUUAUAUCGAGUAUUUCAAGCAAAUAAUAUUGAUAACACCGUUGUGUGUAAUUUGACGCAAAUGGAUUAUAAAAGUCACAAAAGUUAUGAAUCGAAUAUCAUCCAUUGUCCUAUUAAUAGUGUUAAUGCUGUUAUCAGUUUAAAGAUCGACACUUUCGAACAAAAAGAAGAAUUUUUGGGACAUUUUGUACAGAAAAAUAAAAUUUUAAAAUUCAUAAAAAGUGCAAAUUAUAACACAAAAUUUGAUGAUGAGAAUUUUCCAAAUGUGUUGUUGGUUGAUGACAAUUCAAUUCAAAUUGGUGAUGUUAAAAUUGUUAACCAAACAAAUAAAGUGUUAGUUGGAAACAAAUUUGGAUUUAAAAGUACAUCAAAAAGUCAAAACAUCAAAAGUGAAAACACUGAGAAGACAAUUGUUUUUGAUACAACUUUUUCAUGUGUUGCAUUAUUGAAUACUUUGCAAUUAACUGAAAAAUGUUUGGCGUGUAAAAACGACUAUUACAUCGAAAAUACAACUUGUAACAUCAUUUCGACUCAAUGCAUUUUGUCUUCUAAAAAUACUCAAUUUUCGAUAUGUGAAAAAUGUAAUUUGAAAUAUGAAGCAUUCAAAUAUGAAUGUGUUGUGUGUUCUGAAAACUGUUUGCAUUGUGUAAAUAAGAAGUGUGUAAUGUGUGAAAGUGGAUUUAAUUUAAGUAAUGGUAUAUGUGAACCAGUUGAUAAGUUUCUUAAUAAUGUCAUUCUUUAUGAAAAUCAAGAAGUGAAAAAGUGUUCAAUUGGGUUCUACAAUUCACAAGAAAAAUGUUUGUCAUGUGACACAAAUUGUGUAUCAUGUGAAAAUAAAGAGAAAUGCAACGUUUGUGAAUCAACUUACCUUUUAAAUUUCAAUGGAAAGUGUGUCCUUCAAAGUGGUGCUUUACUUUCUACAAAUUAUCAAAUUUUGUCAUGUAAAAAGCCUUUGAUUUUAAGAGAAAACGUUUGUGAACAAUGCUCAACUUUAUAUGGAAAUUUAUGUGAAUAUUGUGAUGCAAAAACGUGUUUGAAAUGUUCUUCAAAUGGAGUAGUAAACAUAACAGAUGGACAUUGUGUUGAUGUAACACGAAGUUCUUGCACCAAUACGGUUAAUACUUUUUGCACGUCUUGUGUUAACAAAAACCUUAUUAUUAAUACAGAAGGAAUAUGUGUUGAUUAUGAUGAACAUUGUUCUGUAACAACAAAAGACAAAAAAUGUUUAAUUUGCAACAAUAAAUAUCACUUAAAUUCGUCUUAUUAUUGUGAGGUUGUGACAACUCAAAAUGAAAAUUGUUUAGUUUUAAAUGAAGUAGAAGAUCGAUGCAUUCAUUGUGAAAUUGGGUUUUAUGUUUCAAAUUUUAUAUGCGAAAAAUGUGCUGAAAAUUGCGAAAAUUGUUUUAAUAAUUCGAAGUGUUUAAAUUGCAAAGAAAAUUACUUUUUAAAAGAUGACGGAAGUUGUGUAGAAAAUUCACAAAUCACUUCAAAUUGUUAUAAAAUGAUAAAAGGCACCUCGCAAUGCGCUUUAUGCGACAUUUCUUAUUUCAGAAAUACAAAUGGAAAGUGUGAAAUGUGUAUUGAAAAUUGUAACGAGUGUAAUCAAUUCAAUUUCUGUCUUCAAUGUGAACCAAAUUACUUUUUACUCACAAAUAACACAAAAUGUAUUUCAAAUGAUUUGCUUACGAAUUGUGUUGUUAAAAGCUCAAUUGGAUGCACAAUCUGUUCGUCGGGAUUUUACUUAAAAAAUCAAUUAUGUGAAUCAUGCAGCACUUUUAUUUCAAAUUGUGAAUUGUGUGAAAAUACAGGAAAGUGCAUUUCAUGUGCUCAAAACUUUGUUUUGUUAAAUUCAAAUUGUGUUGCUAAAAAUUUAAUACAAAAAUGUUCCAAAGUUAAAGAUUCAAAGUGUACCAAAUGCGCAUUUUGGUUUAUUCCAAGCCCUUCUGGGACAUCUUGUCAGAGCAAAGCUGUUUGGUGGGUCAUUUUAUUAAUAGUAUUGGUAAUACUAUUAAUUAUAGUUAUUUUAACUAUAACAAUAGGAUACAUGAUAAAUAAGGGGUUGAAACGUGUCCACGAGGAAUCAACAAGGCAAAAAACGUGUAUCUUUGAUAUCAAAAGAUCAAAUGUUAGAUUUGUGAAGACAAAUAGUAUGGACAUAGUUGUAAGCGCUGAGAAGAUAACAUUUGAAGAUGAACAUGAGAAUGAAAUUAAUGUUGAUAAAGAGUGCCGUUCACUUUUUUGUGUAGGGAACACUUCUAAAAACACAAUCAAAGUUCAGUUUUCACUAAAAGAAAGUACGUUCAAAUAUUCAAUACGAACGGAGCCACAAAUAGCUUCAAUUCCAAAGAAAAAAGCGUGUGAAUUUGAAAUCUUUCUAACACCAAAAUGUUCUUGUAAAAUAGUCGAUGAAAUCAUGCUAAUUUACUCGAAUUUAGAAAGUGGAGAUCAUUCACAACUUCCUUUUCAAAUUUCAGCCGAGACGAAAAUGUCGUCUAAAAUUGAUCCUGACGAAUUAGUAGAAGAGAAAAAACUUGGAGAAGGCUCAUUUGGAAUUGUUUAUAAAGGAACUUUCAGAGGGAACGUCGUUGCUAUUAAGAAAAUGAAACAGUUUUGUGAGUGUGAAGAAAAUUAUGAUGAAUUUGAAAAUGAAAUUAAAAUGCUUGAAAAAUUUCGGAGUGAGUACAUCGUUCACUUUUAUGGUGCCGUGUUUAUUCCAAGUAAGAUAUGUAUGGUCUCUGAAUUUGCACAAUAUGGAAGUCUACAAGAUUUAAUGAAAAAGAAAAGAAAUGAAGAAAUUGAAAUGAAAUUGCGAGUCAAAUUCAUGUUAGAUGGUGCAAAAGGAAUUUUGUAUUUACAUGAGAAUGGGAUAUUACACAGAGAUAUUAAACCGGAUAACAUCUUGAUUUUUUCUCUUAAUGUAAACGAAUUAAUUACCGCUAAAUUGACUGAUUUUGGAAGUGCAAGAAAUAUUAAUAUGUUGCUCACAAACAUGACAUUUACAAAAGGUAUCGGGACACCUAUUUAUAUGGCUCCGGAGGUAUUGAAACAAGAGAAAUACAAGAAGAGUGCGGACGUAUACUCUUUUGGUAUUUCAAUGUUUGAAGUCUUCGGGUGGUGUGAAGCGUAUCCAAAAACACAAUUUAUGUUUCCAUGGAAAAUAGCAGAGUUCGUGAUGGCUGGAAAUCAUUUAAAAAGAAUCAAUGAAGUUCCAAUCAAUCUGUUUGAAAUUGUGGGGAAAUGUUGGUCUUACAACCAAUUGGAGAGAAUUGGUAUCGAACAAGUUGUAAAAGAGCUUCAAAAUAGUUUAUUAUAA